AUGGCAACGAAAUUCAAUAACCGAUGCAUGAUUAAAAUAUUUGUUGGCUUCUUAAUUUUUACAUUAUUCUAUUUAAGUUUCUGGCUUCGACUAUUAUUUAAUUAUCUCGAAGAUUUAAAUUUACAAAAAGUGGUUGGAUUCUCUGAUCGCACACUUGGCUUUGACCAUAUUUACAUUGUCCAUCUUGACUAUCGAACGGAUAGACGUGAAAGAUUAGAUGAAAUAGCUUCUUAUCAUGGUUUAGAUUUUGAUUAUUUUUCUGCCAUUACUAAAGAUGAUGAACAAAUUCUCCGCAAAUAUGGUUCCGCAGAUAUGAACCCUUCUCAAAAAGCUUGUUAUUUAAGCCAUUAUUCAAUAUAUGAACUAAUAAUUGAUAAAGGCUUUAAUAGUGUCUUAAUUUUAGAAGAUGAUGUGGACUUUGAACUUGACAUCACCGCUACUGUGGCUGAUAUUCAUCGUGAUUUACCUGCUUCUUGGGAAAUGUUAUACGUAGGCCAUUGCUUUGAAGGUGUUGGUGAACAAGUUGGAAAUAGUUUUUCUGUCCAUAAACUAUAUAAAUCUGUGGCUCCAAUGUGUACACAUGCUUAUGCAAUUUCGUAUUCUGGUGCUAUCAAGCUUAUAGAACUCCUUGAUCCUGUGACACCACGUGGAACAGUUGAUUAUUCUCUUAAAGUAGUAAUCGGUGAAGGGAAAAUCUCUUCAUAUAGUGUUCACCCACAACUUAUCGUGCAACAGGGGACUGCUAACAACCCAUCCGAUAUCCCUAACUCACAGCCACUUUCCUUUAAUUUAUUAAAUUCAACCUUACAUUUUCUUGGACAUAAUAACAUUUAA